AUGGUUUUUCUCGGCAUUUCCAUCCUCAUCUUCCUGGUCUUCUUCAUAUGAGGCGUUUCUUUGGGCUGCAGGGCUGCAAUAUUAGUCCGAUGUGCAUGGAUCUCAAACGUGCAUUGUCUCAUUAAUCAGUCUUGUGGGGUAUGACUGGCCCUGUAUGGAGGCUAGCAGCUACCUUAAUACUCUAGCUUCUCUAUUGUUAGCGGCCUCGGAUAUCAACACGUGAAAUUGACGGAGUACGCAGCCUACUGCCAGAUAAAACGGCAAGAUGGUGUAUGGCGGGAAACCAAGCACAGGGUGCCAGACAUGCCGACAGCGGCACAUCAAGUGUGAUGAAACUCGUCCUCAUUGCAGGGCCUGCGUCCGGACGGGUCGUUCCUGUCCGGGGUAUCCGCAUCCUCUCGACGUGAUGCUGAGAGACCGGACUGCAUUUCAGCGGAAGAAACGGAGUGUUUCUAGCAGCAAGCCGCCGCAGGUUGCUAAAAAGGAUCAAGAAGAUCCGCAAGCACAAGCAUCACCCACGGCACCCACGUCAAAUAUGGCUGUUAUGUCUGCCAGUUCGAAUACAACACCCCCAAGCUCUCCGCCUGUGGUAGUCGAUCUGCCGCCGCAGGUUCCUGGCACUUUGUCGCUGCCCAUGGAGGAUACAGUGUCUUCUUUGUUCUUCAAUUCGUAUUUGUUUCUGCCUAAAGACCCUCUAAUUCGGCUGGGGUAUAUGGAGCUUCUUCCGGUCUUUUACUUCAACACCUCGUUCGAUUCACCUUUACGCCUUGCUGUGCAGGCUGUGUCCUACUUCUCUGUGGCGGCUUGGACGGGUCAGCGAUCGUUGCUUCGUACCGCAGAACAGACCUUUAUGAAAGCGGUAUCGCGGACUAGACUCACUUUGCAGGGGAACAUUGACCACCACGUGGAGGAGACUCUCAUGACCAUACUUUUACUUUCAACCUUCGAGGAAUUCUCCGCUCUAAAAGAGAACAGAGUUACGAAUAAAGCGCAUCUACAUGGUGCAAUCGCACUUGUGAAUAGUCGACGCCUUGAGCAACGAAAGACUGCCCAUUCUCAAACAUUAACCAUGGCAGUUCAAACACAAAUUGUUCGGACAUCUCUAGGUCUAGCAUACCCAAUGGCUCAGACACCAAGCUUAUCCCCACUUCCAAUGCCUUUGGCCGAGACUGCAUCAGGCCAUUUAACAAUCGUCACAUCCGAGAUUGUCAGCCUGAGACAGACAUGGGACCGUAUCUCUUCUACUCCGGGAAGCUAUCAAACGGACGAAUUGAAGAACCUUCUUUCGACAGCUAUGGCUCUUGAUAACAAAAUUUCAGUCUGGAAACAUAUCCUCCCAGACCGCUGGCAUCCCACCCCGGCCACAUUCAUCCCACAAUCAGUCCGAGACGCCGGGGUUUUCGAAAAUCGAUGCGACUGCUACCUGGAUCUCUGGAUUGCCUCAACAUGGAACUUCUACCGAGACUCGCGGAUCGUCAUCCAGAAUAUCAUCAUAAACUGCCUUCGCCUGCUUCCCGAACAGAGCUCGCCCCAUGAAAUCCAGGCAAGAACCGCCUCAAUCCAAAAGCUUGCCACGGACAUCUGUGCAACCGUGCCGUAUCUCCUUGGUGACCAAACCAUGUCUGUUCAAAUGAGCCCGCACAAGGUCGAAUACCCUGAAUGUGAGGGACGACGAGUUACUCCGGGCCAUCAGCAAACCGCACCCCUUCUGGGCGGCUGGUUUGUCAUAUCGUACUUGACAAACCUCUGGUCUCCGGAGCUGUGUCUUCGCGAGGAACAGCGGGCUUGGAUCCGAAAGCAGAUGCUGCGAGUGUUGCGAAUAUACACAUUCCAUACUCUCAGGCCGUGGACCACGGAGAAUUUUAGCUGGAGUCCAUGA